GCAACAAUGGUCAAGACUCCAAGAGACGAGGACAGAAAACGCAAAUCUGCUCCAAAGACCAAGACAGGAUGCAUGACGUGCAAGAUCCGCCGGGUGAAAUGCGGGGAAGAGAAGCCCGAAUGCCAGCGGUGCCUCAAGUUCGGUAUCAAAUGCGAUGGCUACCUUCCACUCUGCAAGGAUCUCAAAACGGCAGCGAGCAAUCGCGGCAUACUGCCCCAGAACCAGAAACUUUCUGAGAUCUCCUCCAACUUCUUGGUACCUCUUUCAGUGGCGUCGCUUGGAACUGAGAAGGAGCAACGGUACUUUGAUUUGUUUUAUGGACAGACAAGCUUCGAGAUUAUGCCUGCUCAUGAUUCGUUCUCGACACGACAGAUGUUACUCCAAGCAUGUUAUUCAGACAGUUCAAUCAAACACGCCAUCAUAGCGCUUGGAGCCCUUGACAAGACAGCAGAAAUAACGCGUGAUUUCAAUAAGUUGUCUCUAGACAACUUUCCCAAAGCAGAGAGAAAAACUGCCAAUGAGCACCAUCGGUUUGCUCUGGAAGAGUACAGUAGAGCUGUUGCAGAUAUGCGGAAGGGCAACACAUUGAAGGACGUGAGGACUACCUUGCUAUCCAUCCUUCUAAUUUUUAUUUUCGAAGCAUGGAACGGCAACAUGGCCAUGGCGGUGCGCCAGAUCCGAAACGGUGUCCGAAUCAUCCAGGAAUGGAAAGCGACAAUUAAGGACGCAGACAAGACUUCAGAGAACAUGUCGCCCG